ACUAACCGAUAUGUAACUUCAAUAUCCUACGGAGUAUAAUAAAAAUAACAUAAUAAAAGGCAAGAAUCAUACGGAGUAUUCAAUUCCGAAACGGACUGUGGGAUUAUAUAUAUAAACACACAUGGACAUGUGAAUAUUCCUCCAUCGAUCUCUUGGGCAAAUAUGGGCGGAGGGAAAGGCCUGACCGUACCAUGCGUUCUCAUCAUGGGGAUAGCGGGGAUGGAGAGGUUUACGUUCAAAGGAGUGGCGGCGAACAUGGUGACGUACCUGACGGACGUGGCGAAGAUGAGCAACUCCGCGGCGGCGAAGCUGGUCAACAACUGGUGCGGCGUUACGUCCAUGCUGCCGCUCUUGGUGGCGCCCUUUGCCGACUCUUAUUUCCACACUCACACCACUAUUUUAGGCUCUGCAGUUCUCUAUUGUCUGGGGCUGGUGAUUUUGGCAUCAGAGGCAUGGGGGAGCAAUGGAAACAAAAUAAGUUCAUCUUCCCUGUCAUGGCCACUCCACCUGAUCUCACUCGGGUUAAGUGGCUAUAACCCAUCUUUACAGGCCUUUGCUGCAGAACAGCUUGAAGACAAAGAAGACAAGAGCUUGUUUUUCCAUUGGUGGUACUUUGCCAUUUGCUGCGGCAGUCUCUUAGGUGUCUCAGUCAUGUCUUAUAUUCAGGACACCUUAGGAUGGGGGAUUGGAUUCGCCAUUCCCGCUGUUUCCAUGCUCGUCUCCGUGAUUAUUUUCAUGUCUGCCAAUCGGUUCUAUGUGCACAAAGAUUCCAAAGAAGUCGAGUUUCCCAAAUCUCUCUGGAAAGUGAUUCAGGUCAUGAAAGACACUGCAUCAAGAAUGAAGAAUCAUGCUGGAAUUUCACUCCCUGGUAACAAAUCUGAUGCUGUCCAGCUAGAACUUCAAGAAAAGCCACUGUGCAGUCAAGACUGUGAAGAUCUAGAGAAGAAUGCAGGCGAGAAGAAGCAGAACAGCAGCCUCAACAUCCACCAAAUCGCUCGAGUGGUUAUACGCUUAUCACCGGUGUGGGCGUUGCUAUUACCUUUUGCAGUGAUCUUCCAACAGCCAUCAACUUUCUUCACCAAACAAGGCAUGACAAUGAAGAGAAACAUUGGAUCCGAUUUCAAGAUCCCACCAGCAGCCCUUCAGAGUGCCAUAACGGUCUCUAUACUCCUUCUCAUGCCUAUUUACGACAAAUGCUUCAUCCCGUUGGUUCGAGUCUUCACUCAAAACGAGAGAGGUGUCACAGUUAGGCAAAGAAUGGGCAUAGGAAUGUUCUUAUCAGUAAUAGCAAUGGUGAUUGCUGCUUUCACCGAAAGUAAAAGGCUUGAAAUCAGCAGGGAUAAUAAUAAUCAUAACGACGAAAAGAUAGUUCACAUGAUGAGCAUUUUUUGGCUGCUUCCUCAGUACAUUCUCUUGGGAAUUUCAGACAUAUUCACUGUUGUUGGGAUGCAAGAGUUUUUCUAUUCCGAGGUUCCUCAGAAGAUGAGGACUUUAGGAUUAGCUCUGUACACGAGCGUGUUCGGUUUCGGAAGCUUCUUCGGUUCCCUUCUCAUUACUGUGCUUGAACAUUUCACAAACUCGGGCGGGAACCAGCACGGUUGGUUCUCUGAUGAUAUGAAGGAAGCCCGUUUGGAUAACUAUUACUGGUUUCUAGCUGGAUUGAGUUCUUUGAGCUUGACUGUGUUUGUGGUCUUCUGUAAGUUUGACCGUGUCAGUAAUCUUGAGUAAUUUCCAGCCUGACUUAUCUGUAAGAAUUUUUAACAAAUUAACUAAAGAAGUGAUUGCAAAGAAGUGUUUUUUAUCAUACCAAUGUAACAUACCAAUGUAAUAUACCAAGUGAUUUGUAACAUACCAGAAACUACACAACCUGCGUUUCUUACAAUGAGAUUCCAUGAGCCUGUUUGGAUACUG